AUGUUCAGAAGAGGGAAUAAACCACUCUUUCUAUGGCGAUCUGUUCGGAACUUUCAUUUACCUAGCAUUGCUGCUGUUCUGGGGUUAGUCAUCUUUAUCUCUCUUUUAUUUUCUCUAUGUAGUAGGGAAAAUCCAGCCAAAGGUGAAAGCUCACGCGCUCAUGAAACUAAAAGACUCCAAUUUCAAGUGCUUCCCAACCCAACUGUGGAAUAUAUAGAAGAAGCACAAGUCAUUUGGCAAAUACCAUCAGAUCCUAAAGCUGUUCUUUUUAUAGCUCAUGGUUGUGGUGGAAGUGCCCUUAACUUUUGGGAUUCAUGUCUUGGUUGUCCAAAUUGUGUGGGUUUGCCCGAAGAAAAGCGAAUUGUCCUUGAUGCACUCGCUCAAAAUUUAGCUGUUCUUGUCGUAACAAGCACUGAUGUAUGUUGGUCAUAUAGAAAAGACGGGUCAAGGGUGAAAAAAACUAUACAAUGGUGGUUAGAAAAACAUGAUUUAGUGAAAUCUCCGUUGGUUGGUUUAGGGGCUUCUUCUGGUGGGUAUUUUCUUUCUGUUCUUGCAACGGAGGUAAGGUUUAGAGGGAUUGUUCUUAUGAUUUCUUCCGGACUGUUUGAUCGGAUGGUUAGCAUCCCGGAUAAUUACCCUCCUACCCUCUUCCUGCACAUGCCUAAGGAUGUUAGAAGAGGAAGGAAGAUUGAUAGACAUGUUGAGAUGUUAAGAAAGAAGGGCAUUGAAGUUCAGAAGAUUGAGUGCUUGGAAUUUCCACUUACACCAAUUUGGCUAACUGAUAGAGUUACGGAUUUAAACCAUACCACAUCAUUGAAGCUAUUCGAACUGUUCAGUAGCAAAGGUUUUAUUGAUGCUAAGGGGUAUAUGAAAAAUGAUGGACGUGCAACUCCUUGGAGAGAAGCCCUGAAGCAGAGCAACAUUCUUUUGAAAUAUGAGUCUAAAUUGAUGCAUCAUAUUGAAGAAGAGCUUAAUCUAGCGUAUGCAUAUCAUGAAAUGACAAGCUUGCAGUCAGAUCAAAUGUUUAAAUGGUUUAAAUCCCACCUUUAGAUAUAGUAUAAUAGUUCUAAUAUACUCCCUCCGUCCCGGAAUACUCGACCCGGUUUGACCGGCACAGAGUUUAAGGGACUUGAAUUGACUUAUUUAAUUUAAUAGAUAGUAUUUGAUAGUGGGGUAUUAUUUUAAUGUAGUCAGUGGGAGGUGGGUUAAGAGGUGGGGUUGGGGGAGAGUAGGGGUUGAAUUUUUAAUUAUUUUUUGUAUGUAGUAGGGGGUAGGUGGGUUAAUAGGGGUGGAGUGAGAAAUAAUAUAAUAUUGUUAGAAUAUUUCCAUUUUUAGAAACAGGUCAAGUAUUAAGGGACGGCCCGAUAAGGAAAACAGGUCAAGUAUUCCGGGACGGAGGGAGUAUAUACUCUCGUAUCUAGUACUUCGUAUUAGAGAAAGAUAAAAACGUGCGAAUCAUAAAAUUUAUCCUCUCCCUUGUUUUUUCCGUUCCCGUGCCAUGUUGUUCCUGUUGCUUUCUUUCGUGCUGGGCUGUGCAAGCUAAUUAUUAUCCACCUUGUCCAAAUCCUG